AUGUCAAGGCGACCCUUACCCCCUCUCCCACAGCUGUCCAUUGGCAGCUCUGUAUCUUCAACUGAUGAAACGACCCCCCCCGAUAGUCCAACAACAGCUUCCAUGAUCACUUUGGUUGGAGAGGCCAUGAAUGAAUCUCCUACAGAGGGUAACAAUAUGCACUGGCCACAGGAAAUUGUAAAUUAUUUUACUUACAAAGAUGAAGAUCCGGACUCCAUCAUCCUUGAUGUGACAUUGUCAAAUUUGUCCGAAAAUCUAGAUUUUUAUCAAACUAAGUUCAAAGAACGGCUCCAGAAUGCUUUCAGGCGAUCCGGGGUGUCAAGAGAUACACAGACCAGAAUUGUUGAUAUGUUCACCACAGAAUUUGAAAGUGAAUACGAAAGUUGGUUAAAGGCAGAUCCUUCAAGAUCUCCGGAACAGUUAAGACGUUGGACGAUCAAAGCUGAUGUGAUCACUGAAGCGGGUCACAAGGUAGUCGUGACAAAUAUCUCUGCAACAUCAACAAACAUUCCACGGGAAACUUUCAAUUGGUCAAAUCGUAAGAGGUUGCACCCUAGUGCACAAGCCUUCCUAGCUCAAAGCUUGAACAGUAACACAUGA